GUUGAACACCUUCGUUUAUAUUACUUUUGUUUUGAAAACAAGACCAGACAGUUAAUUACUAUAAAUUGACUUCGUCCGAUCGCAGUCUGGAAGGAGAAGUUGAUCGGAACGGUUGUAGUGUGGUUGUACUCAGUGAAGCACAUAAACCUAGAUUCGACGAAGAAAAUGCAACCAAGCAUGAUUCGCCUAACGGCGUUCGCCACCAUCGUUGGCAUCGCUCUAGCCGCUACUGUCCCCAGCGGAUCCGGUCGCAAACUUAACAUUCCAGCAUUCAACAACGCUGGUCAAACCAAAGGACUGGAGAUAUGGCGCGUGGAGAACUUCCAGCCUGUUGCAGUACCGAAGGCCGAGUACGGAAAGUUCUACACCGGCGACUCGUACAUCAUCCUCAAUACCAACGAAGACAAAAACAAGAAGAAAUCCCACGAUGUCCACUUCUGGCUGGGACUGAAAACAACCCAGGACGAGGCGGGAUCCGCAGCUAUUCUCAGCGUGCAGCUGGACGACCUGCUGAACGGACUGCCCGUGCAGCAUCGCGAAGUCGAAGGCUCCGAAUCGGAUCUAUUCCUGAAGUACUUCAAGGGUGGCGUCCGCUAUCUGGAGGGUGGAGUCGCCAGUGGAUUUAAACACGUUGAAACCAACGCCGCCAAACCAACCCGACUGUUCCAGGUCAAGGGAGCCAAGAAUAUUCGCCUUCGUCAGGUUGAACUGUCAGUUUCGGCUAUGAACAAGGGCGAUUGCUAUAUUCUGGACGCCGAUCGGGAUGUUUUCGUUUACGUCGGACCAAAGGCAAAUCGGGUGGAGAAACUGAAGGCGAUCAACGUUGCCAACGAAAUUCGUGAUCAGGAUCACAACGGGCGGGCCACGGUUCACAUCGUCGAUGAAUUUUCUUCGCUGACCGAUCAGGAGGAAUUCUUCAAGAAGCUUGGAUCGGGAUCACCGAGCCUGGUUCCAGAGCCUUCCGCAGCGAAGGAGGAUGCUGCCUUUGAGAGAGCCGAUGCCGACCGUGUUGCUUUGUACAAAGUGUCCGAUUCCAAGGGAGGAAAGUUGACGGUUGAGCAAAUCGGCACAAAGCCACUGAAGCAAGAUAUGCUUAAGCAGGAUGAUUCCUUCAUCCUAGACACCGGCUCUGGACUGUACGUCUGGAUUGGUAAGGGUGCUACCAAGCAGGAGAAAACAGAAUCCCUGAUGAAGGCACAGGAAUUUAUCAAGACUAAGAAGUACCCAGCCUGGACACCGGUCGAACGGAUUAUCCAAAAUGGCGAAACAGCCCCGUUCAAACACUUCUUCCAGACAUGGAGGAAUCCUGGAGAUGCUGGAUCCAGACUUGUUUAGAAGAGCUCCGAUUUAAGCCAGAGUAGUUUCAAUGAAUACUCAAAUUUUCAUAUGCAUCAUACACUAUAGUGAAAGAAAGUGAUACCAAAACGAAUAAAACAAAAUAAAUAGAAAUUCACUAAUGGUUAUGAA